AUGGAGGCCCAAUAUACAUAUCACAUGAACUUUCUAGUGAACCAGAAAGAGGAACCCCUGCCACUUUUCCCUCCAAAGACUGCAAUCCAUCGGCCAUUUUCGGAGGCGACAGAGAUCUUCGAGGAAGAUGGAUACCAUACCUACUCAGAUAGCUCACCUAUGAGAAGUGUGGCUUCCUUUGGAACUGGGAGCACAUCCACAGCCUCGACCCCGGACAAUGUCACAACCCCGAACUCGACCGGACUGACAGCUUUUCAUUUCCAUAUUGAUGACAACCAUGUUCGAGGCCCAAACGGUCCCCAUUUGUUUGGGUCGUUUACUGGGUCUGACCUCCAAUCAGCCACAGAAAUCGACCCAGUGCUCCAGCAAACACCCAUCAGCACUACGGGUCCCUAUUAUCAUAAAGCCUCGAAGUUUGACCCUUUCCGAAGGGAUACACCAGUUCCAAACCGCUCGGCAGGGCCAACCCCUGAGCCCCUACAGCCCACACCUAUCGCUAGUCAGGCCUUAGCAUUUGGUCGGACUGGGCCCCAGGACUGGACACCUGCAGAGGUUGUAAUAUGGAUGCAAAGUCUUGGGCUCGAAGAUGAUAUCGUGGAUACAUUUUUGGCUAAUGACAUUUCCGGCUCUAUUUUGCUGGAACUUCAAUCGGAAGACCUCAAGGAACUCGAGAUCGCGUCUUUUGGCAAGCGACACAAAGUAAUGAGCUCUAUCAAAAAGCUUAGAGACAGCGGCGUGUUCACUAGCACAGACACUUCUUCUUCACGCUCGCGCAACUCGAGUGUCUCCAGCGAUGCUGCGUCUACUCGACAAACAUCAGUGAUUUCGAGCAAUAGCUGCAACACGUGCUCCACUGCCGAUAAAAAAGCGAGUAGCGCGAAGCCUCGGGCUCGUCGCCAAAACUCGGAUGGCAAUGCCCGCAAGAGAACUGACCUUGUUCCUGGUGAUUCCGUCUCUAUUGUUGCCAUCGAACAACUUCUACCCAAAUUGCAUCAGUGCCCCAAGGGUGAACAAUGUGGAAAGUGGCAAAAGCAACAAGACAGGCUUGCUCGUCUUGCUCGAGAUUUGCCAUUCGAGCAUUUCGGCUCUCGCUGCAUCGUUGCGGGAGACCCCGGGAAUCCGAAGACAGCCCCAAACCUGCUCAAAUCCCCGAAGUCCGAAGUUACCCCCUCGAUCAUCGCGUCCUCGGAUAUAAUGGGACCCGGUAAGCCAUCCGCCUUCCAACUUUCCCAGGAAAAGUUGAAAGACGUAAAACCUAGGGAUCCUCAAGAGAAUGUGCGAAACUUCUUGAACUUCCAGAGCCUCGACCGAUUGCAGACAGUCAAUCAAUCUGCAACACCCUCGAGAGGAGUUCUUUCGUCACCUGGAUCAGACUCUUGUGAUUCAGCGAAGGUGACACCUACACUUGCUGAACAUCUUCGGCACCUGCCCAAGCUCAGAAUUCCGAGCAUGCAUGAUUCCAGCGAUGGGUCUGUUUUUACUGAAAAUAUGUCAGCUCUACGUACUAUUACCCCUUCUAUCCUGUCCAGAAGAAACCAUUUCUAUGAUCGCCCCACCGUCCCUGGCGGACAAGCGCCCAUCUCCCGUGAUGUGGCAGCCUCGCCGGCAGACUACUACCGAGUCGAUCCUUGCUAUCGGUCGGAAACACCAUUUUCAGAUGUGGAUGUGGAUGCACCAAUAACCGCAAUUCCAAUUGGGCCAGUGGCACGAGAGGAGUCGCAAUCAGUGCCUCCUAAUAUGCGCUUUGGAAAUAGGAAAUACGUGGCAGAGGAGCCAAUCACUCGGCCAUUCUCAACCAAGGCAGAAACCAAUUGGCGAAACCCUUCAAUUCAAAGUGUCGCCACAAUGGAUCCUCUCAAAGAGGGCCGUGCCAUGAGUCCAAUUGAAACCCCAGAAGAUCUACAAAGAACACCCCGUGCACCUCAAAUGCGCAACAAUACCUUGAUCCCCUUCACUAGACGUGGCCAAGACGAUAUAACCCACAGUGGAUGGAUGAAGAAACGGAAGACCACUAAAUUGCUAUGCCGUGACUGGGAAGAUCAUCAUUUUACGCUGAAGGGCACACAGCUCUUAAUGCAUGAUGAUGAUGCGUCUAUCCAUAGAAACUCAAAGGCGCUGGAGUAUAUUGAUGUCGAUGACUACGCAGUAGCCUGCUCUUCAUUUGCGUCGAGGUCCAAGCUGACGGCGGCAUUCAGGAAGACUGUUCUCAAACGCAGUGAUAACCCACUAGAGGUGUCGGCUUUUUCAUUCUCCCUGAUUCCCACACCCAAUGGGAGCGGUUUUGUUGACCGCAAGACCAUGUUUUUGAAUAGUGGGAAGUCGCACCACUUUGCUGUCAAGUCCCGCGAGGAACGUAUUGACUGGAUGCGAGAGCUUAUGCUGGCCAAAGCUCUCAAGCGUGGUCGAGACAGCGGCGCUGAGCUCACGUUCAAUGGGGCCAAUAUGAUAUGA